AUGGGAUCGCCUGUUGUAGUCUCCUUAAAUGCAAACCCUUGUCGUUUGUUUUCUCCUACAAUCAACAGAAUUUCGUUGAGACAUUUCAACAAACACUUGGUGGGUCGGUUAUCUACUACUGAUAACACCUUCAAAACGACUCUGCAAUGCCCACUGUUAACUGCUACGAAUAUUUACGCUUCAAGGAACAGAACCCAUUUCGUUCAACCAAUCAAGAGCUCAUAUUCAGACACCACCAGCUUUGGUAACUCCGCAAUGAGCAAUUUCGAAAAUUUCUCUCUCGACGGACUGAAAAAGGCCAUUUCCGAGUUAAACCCAAUUAGGGUCUGCAAAUGGGUGGUUCUAGGGUAUCUUGCAGUUGCGUCAGUAAAAUGGGGGGUUAGUACUUUACUUAGUCCUUUCUUCUGGAUGUAUUUUAGCUGGACUUGGUUGUUCUGGCCAUGGUACAUUGCAAUUGGUCUCGCUAUAUACGGUAUUUACAGUUUCAGCAAGCACCUAAAGGGCGAAUCUAGUGUCCUCGAGCAACUCGCUAUAGUAACUUCAUCUUUCACAUGGCUUACAUUAGUUCCACCUGGUUUCACAAAUGGUUUCCUAGAAGGUUGGCCUUUUGUCUUCUUUCUCGUGUACCAUUAUUUCUUCUUCCUCAACACCAGUAUCCGUAAACGCCUGUAUGGCGAUUUCUAUCCUCGGGAACACGAUCCUAAAUGGGACAUCCAGACUCCUGUUAAUCACCGUGUUCUAUUUUGUGUCGGAGUCAUGGUUGCGCACUGGUUUGCAGCAUUUGAAGCGCCACAACUUCACUUAAUUCCUGGAGGUUGGAGCAAUCUUGGGAUUUGGGGAUUGAUAAUGUUGACUGUGUUUUUACAGUAUGAUUCUUCACUGUAUCUUGCAAAGUAUUCAGAAAAAGUAGUGGUGCCUACUGCUGUUGUGCAGUUUGGACCUUACAGGUGGAUCAGACACCCGAUAUAUGCAUCUACUGGGCUUCUGUUUUUGAGUUACUUCAUUGCACUUCGUGCUCCAUUGAGCUCACUUUUUGUCGUUGCUGUUUGCUUGAUGUACUAUGAGCAGAAGGCGAAACUAGAAGAGGGUUUGAUGUUGGAGGCUUUUGGAGAUGAGUACACGGAAUACAUGAAUAAGGUUAGGUACAAGUUUAUCCCUUUUGUGUAUUAA